UCAGAGUGCGUGGUGCUGAUGCUGCUGCCAUUUCAUCACCUCUGCGAGCGCAGCAUCCAUUCCUUCGCUCUCCCCGCGCCGGGGCCUACCUCGCCUCAGGCUCCCAGGCUAGCGAUGUGCUCGCGGCCGAUCUAGAUCCGGACCAAGCCACGCUCUCCGAGGUCUCGGCUGGGCGCCCCUCUCGCCGCCCACGGCCGGCCCGGGCCGAGGAGACCUGCUGAGCCCCGGCCAUGGAGGCCAUCUGGCUAUACCAGUUCCGGCUCAUUGUCAUCGGGGAUUCCACGGUGGGCAAGUCCUGUCUGAUCCGCCGCUUCACCGAGGGCCGCUUUGCCCAGGUUUCGGACCCCACCGUGGGGGUGGAUUUUUUCUCCCGUCUGGUGGAGAUCGAGCCAGGAAAACGCAUCAAGCUCCAGAUCUGGGAUACCGCGGGUCAAGAGAGGUUCAGAUCCAUCACUCGCGCCUACUACAGGAACUCUGUAGGUGGUCUUCUCUUAUUUGACAUUACCAACCGCAGGUCCUUCCAGAAUGUGCAUGAGUGGUUAGAAGAGACCAAAGUACACGUUCAGCCCUACCAAAUCGUAUUUGUCCUGGUAGGUCACAAGUGUGACCUGGAUACACAGAGGCAAGUGACUCGCCACGAGGCAGAGAAACUGGCUGCUGCAUACGGCAUGAAGUACAUUGAGACGUCAGCCCGAGACGCCAUUAACGUGGAGAAAGCCUUCACAGACCUGACAAGAGACAUAUAUGAGCUGGUUAAACGGGGGGAUAUUACAAUCCAGGAGGGAUGGGAAGGGGUGAAGAGUGGAUUUGUACCAAACGUGGUUCACUCUUCAGAAGAGGUUGUCAAAUCAGAGCGGAGAUGCCUGUGCUAGUCAGCUGUCAGGGUCCCGAAACGUGCUCUCCCACCUGAACUGCAAAGCGAUCACAACGAAGAGAAUCCCUGGUGACUGAAUGGACUCAACCUCCAUGUUACAUACCAAGUGAGCCUCCUCCUCAAGGGGCAUCUGACUGGCCGUGGGUGGGUGGAUGUGACUGAGGGGCUGCUCCAUGUGCCCUUUGCGGACCGCGUGUCGAGGGGCUGAGGCCUGGGGAAAUUUUUCCAGAAAAAUACACCCUCAGACAGCAUAACUCUUUCUUGGUGUUUCCGCUCAUUCAUAGGUCACAAACAUACAGAAAUAUGUAAAGGGGGGAAAGGAUCCCAUUGGAAACAAUUAGAACUAAAACGACUGUGAGAUCAACUUAAUCGGUGAGAACACCGUACACCAAGUGUGCGCGCUGGGUUUGGCUAGAAGGUACCGAUUGGCUUCUAAACGGCUCGUCUGUAGAACAAGGGGCACAGAGCAGCUAUUCACUAAGACCCUUUCAAGGCCUGUUGUUCUAGUAAAAUCAGUGUGGCUCUGAGAAGGGAGGCCGUUAUACAUACUGUUGUUACCACAUUCCAGAAAGCGCACCCCCGUGUGAUGGAAUAGAUGACCAUGUAAGUAGAAGAAAGAAACACUGUAAUCCAUGCCAUACCCUCUGUCCCCUCGUCCCAGGCCUGGAGUUCACCCGCCCGCCUCUCCAGGGGCCGAGCAGCUGUGUACAGGGACCGCCUGUGAAAGGAGCCCUGAGG